GCGGCUCUUGAAGAGGUGGAGGCGGCGUUGAACGCGCGCACGGAGGAGAUCGCAAGGAGGCAAUUGGCAGGUGAUCGUGGGUACCUGGACCCAGCACCGGCUGGUGUUCCGCUGUCUCUCCUUCCCGUUGACAGGGAUGCUCCGUUUCAAGCACUCGAGGCGAAGCGUGCACAACUGAAGAAGUACCCACAACGGAAUGCAAAGUCGAUUCGGGACGUGGAGGAUGAUCUCAAUGAUCGUGCCGUUGAACUUGCUGACGAAGUGAAGGCGGUUGAGCGGGAGAAGUUUCUAAAUCCGAAGCCCAAUGGUGUUCCUAUUGAUGAUGUUCCCAUCAACAACGAUGGUCCGUUUCGUGACAUGGAGAUUCAGAGGCUUCUGCUGCGCGAGGAACCCGUCAGGAAUGCGACUGCAAUCAGCAACCUGGAGGACGCCAUGAACGAGAGGGCCGUGGAGCUUGCGGCGAAUGUGUUGGCGGAUGGGCGUGCCUUCCUGGAUCCGGAGCCAUUGGGCAUUCCUCUUGAUGAUCUACCACUUGAUAAAAAUGAGGAGUUUUUGGCAAAGGAGGGGGCUGUAAGCGAAAUUAUCCGAGAGAUGCCGUUGAAUAGCGCGAAUGGGAUUUUAUUGAAGGAUAAAUUGCUUAAAAUAGAAUCCUCCAGUAAUAAUAAAGACGUUAAGGAUUUACGUGCCGACUAUCUUGAUCCAGAACCAGAGGGCCGAUUGAUUGAGGAUCUUCUAUUGGAUGAUGAUGCGGAGUAUAUGGAGUUAGAAAAGAGAUUGUUUGAGGCGAUGAACUCCCCCACAAACGAUCCAAAUGUGAUUAACUUCUUGAAGGCCGAACUGAAUGAACGAGCGCACCAGGUUGCAAAGGCAUUGAAUGCCUCUGAACGAAAAGAUUAUCUUGAUUCUACACCAAGGGGUGUACCUAUUGAUGAUUUACCACUGGACACUGAUGAGGAGUUUUCCAAGCUUGAAGCAGAUCGAGCACGACUACGACAAUCGCCAAAGCGAAACCAGGAGGAAAUAUUGUCUAUAGAAGAGGCAUUGAAUGUCCGUGCAAGGGAGCUUGCGUAUGAAGCGAUUUGUCGUGACCGUAACUACUUAGAUGAUCAUCCUGAAGGCGUGCCUUUGGAAUUGCUUCCGCUUAACACAGAUCAGCUGUUUCAAGAGCUGGAAAAGGAAAGGGCUUUGAUUCUGUCUACUUAUCCCGUUUCUGCAAGUAAGUUAUCAGAAAAGGAAAAAGCACUCAAUAACCGUGCUCAUGAGCUUGCUGCAGAAUAUAAAAAAUCUGCUCGGGCGCAAUAUAUUAGAGAAGAAGAAAUUCCAUUCUCUGCCGAGAAACUUUCCUUAGAGUACGAUAUUCCAUUUCAAGAAUUGGAAGCAAGGCGUUUUCAGCUGCUCACUGGAAAGGAAGAACACCGCGAUCAUCUGAUUACAGAAAUCGAAGAAGCGCUUACAAACCGCGCCAAGGAAAUAGCAAACAUACGACAGGAAGAACAACGAAAUUUUAUCGACGAGUAUCCCUUAGGUGUACAACUCACAUCAACACCAAUCAAUAAAAAUGCGGAAUUUUUGCAAAAGGAAGAAGAACUUCGACAACUACGGGGAAAACCACAAAAACAAGCAGAAAUUGCUUCACUGGAAAAAGAACUACAGGCAAUUGUAAAUGCAAUGGCCGAAAAAACAACAGAAGAAAAUUACCCAUAUAUUGAAGCAAAUCCCAAAGGAAUUCACAUACAACACCUCCAACUAGAUAAAGAUCCAAAAUUUCUUGCGAUGGAGCAGGAACGCAGGCAACUGCUCGAGAAGGACCCGCGCAGGAACGCGAGGGAGAUCGCUGCGCUUGAGGAGAGCAUGAAUGCCCGCGCACAGGAGCUGGCACGCGAGAAGAAGCUU